CUGCUCUGUCUGACCAGCAGCUUGGGAUUGGCGGAGGGAAGCGGGCCGGGCCCUGUGAGAAGCCAAGAAAGCCCCACGUGCCCGGAUGUGAUGCCACUGACCUGCGCGUUGCGGGUAGAGAGAAGCUAGCUGCUCUGUCUGACCAGCCGCUUGGGAUUGGCGGAGGGAAGUGGGCCGGGCCCUGUGAGGAGCCAAGAAAGCCCCACGUGGCCGGAUGUGAUGCCACUGACUUGCGCGUUGGGGGUAGAGAGAAGCGAGCUGCUCUGUCUGACCAGCAGCUUGGGAUUGGCGGAGGGAAGUGGGCCGGGCCCUGUGAGGAGCCAAGGUUCUGAGGGGACAGGCCAACCCGGAGGACAGGAUUCCCUGGAGGCCACAGAGGAGCACCGAGGGGAAGAUCUGCCUGUGGGUCCCCAUUGCCCAGCUUUUGCCUGCACUCCCGCCUGCUGCCCUGACCAGAGUCAUCAUGUCUUUUGAGCAGAAGAGUCAGCACUGCAAGCCUGAGGAAGGCGUUGAGGCCCAAGGAGAGGCCCUGGGCCUGGUGGGUGCGCAGGCUCCUACUGCUGAGGAGCAGGGGGCUGCUGUCUCCUCCUCCUCUCUGGUCCCUGGCACCCUGGAGGAAGUGCCUGUUGCUGAGUCAACAGGUCCUCCCCAGAGUCCUCAGGGAGCCUCUGCCUUACCCACUACCAUCAGCUUCACUUGCUGGAGGCAACCCAAUGAGGGUUCCAGCAGCCAAGAAGAGGAGGGGCUGAGCACCUCGCCUGACGUGGAGUCCUUGUUCCGAGAAGCACUCAGUAAGAAGGUGGAUGAGUUGGUUCAUUUUCUGCUCCUCAAAUAUCGAGCCAAGGAGCCGGUCACAAAGGCAGAAAUGCUGGAGAGAGUCAUCAAAAAUUACAAGUGCUGCUUUCCUGUGAUCUUCGGCAAAGCCUCCGAGUCCCUGAAGAUGAUCUUUGGCAUUGACGUGAAGGAAGUCGACCCCACCAGCAACACCUACACCCUUGUCACCUGCCUGGGCCUUUCCUACGAUGGCCUGCUGGGUAAUAAGAUCUUUCCCAAGACAGGCCUCCUGAUAAUCGUCCUGGGCACAAUCGCAAUGGAGGGCGAUUCUGCCUCUGAGGAGGAAAUCUGGGAGGAGCUGAGUGUGAUGGAUGUGUAUGAUGGGAGGGAGCACAGUGUCUAUGGGGAGCCCAGGAAGCUGCUCACCCAAGAUUGGGUGCAGGAAAACUACCUGGAGUACCGGCAGGUGCCCGGCAGUGAUCCUGCGCGCUAUGAGUUCCUGUGGGGUCCGAGGGCUCUGGCUGAAACCAGCUAUGUGAAAGUCCUGGAGCAUGUGGUCAGGGUCAAUGCAAGAGUUCGCAUUUCCUACCCAUCCCUGCAUGAAGCAGCUUUGUUAGAGGAGGAAGAGGGAGUCUGAGCAUGAGUCGCAGCCAGGGCCGUGGGGAAGGGGCAGGGCUGGGCCAGUGCAUCUAACGGCCCUGUGCAGCAGCUUCCCUUGCCUCGUGUAACAUGAGGCCCAUUCUUCACUCUGUUUGAAAAAAGUAGUCAGCGUUCUUAGUAGUGGGUUUCUGUUUUAUUGGAUGACUUGGAGGUUUAUCUCUGUUUCCUUUUACAAUUGUUCAAAUGUUCCUUUUAAUGGAUGGUUGAAUGAACUUCAGCAUCCAAGUUUAUGAAUCGUAGUUACGUAUAUUGCUGUUGAUAUAGUUUAGGAGUAAGAGUCUUGUUUUUUAUUCAGAUUGGGGAAUCCAUUCUACUUUGUGAAUUUGGGACAUAGUAACAGCAGUGCAGUAUGUAUUUAGAAGUGUGAAUUCACCGUAAAAUACGUGAGACAAAGAAAUUAAAAGAUACUCAUGCCUCAGUCUAUUCUGUAAAAUUUAAAAAAUAUAUAUGCAUACCUGGAUUUCCUUGGCUGCUUCUUGAAUGUAAGAGAAAUUAAAUCUGAAUAAAUAAUUCUUUCUGUUAA